AUGGCUGGCCAAUUUCAAACUCAUCCUCUUCUCUUCCAACAAAGGUCCUCUUUACCCACUUCCCCAAACCCUCUCCCUGUUUAUCUUCUUCACUUGCUUCCCAUCAAGUCUCAACAAAACCCUAAAUCUGAAAAUGAGAUCCCCAAAUGGGUUUUCACCAUUAAAGUUGUCGGUUUUGGUGUGCAUGAUUACAAACAACACUUGUCUCCCACUAUGCUCUUGGUUCUCUAUUCUCUGCAUAUAUAUUUGGUGCUUGAGAUUGGUUUAAUGCUCGUCAAAGUUUUGGUUUUUAUCUCUAUUGGAUGCGAUCUGGAGCCACAGUUUAAUGAACCAUACUUAGCCAGUUCUCUUCAAGAUUUCUGGGGACGACGGUGGAACCUCAUGGUCACAGCUAUCCUCAGGCCAGCUGUCUUCGACCCUGUGCAGCGAAUCGCUGGAUGGAAAAUGAACUCUGAUUAUGCUAGGUUUUUGGCGGUUUUGGUGACGUUCUUGGUCUCUGGUGCAGUUCAUGAGUUGAUUUUCUUUUAUAUUACCCAUGAGAUGCCUACAGGAGAAGUCACUUGUUUUUUUGUGUUACAUGGAGUUUCCGCAGCGGCCGAAGUAGCAGUAAAGAAGACUGGUGGUGGAAGAUGA